AUGAGCGAGCAGGAGGUGACCUAUUCAGAACUGAAAUUUCACACUCCUACUCAACAGCAAAGCAGACAAAGAGCUGAGAUCACCAAAAACAAAGAUUCUCCUUCUCCUUUGUGGAGGCUCUUUGCCGUAAUCUUUGGAAUCCUCUGCUUGGCUUUGCUGGUAACAUCAGGGCUCUUGGGUGCUCUGGUAUGCAGAUGGCAGCAAAACUUCAGCCAGCAGCAGGGAAUUCUGGAAAAUCUUACCUGCCAGCAAAUUAAUUUGGAAAACCAAACUCGUGAGCUACAGGAAAUCCUAGAAAACCUCACAUGGGAGAGAGAUCAUCUUCAAAUCCAGAAUACUAAUUUCUUGAAAACUUUGCAGUCAAAAGGGUGGAAGUUUCUUUGUCCAGAAUAUUGGUUUCCCCAUGGAGAGAAAUGUUACCACUUUUCUACUGAAUCCAAACCUUGGCUGGAGAGUCAAAAGGCCUGCUCUUCUCAUGACUCCAGGCUCCUCCUGAUAGAAAACAAAGAAGAGCUGGAUUUCAUAAGCCCUCUCGCAACUUUUCACUGGAUAGGAUUAUCACGUGACAAGACCGACAGGCCCUGGAUGUGGGUGAAUGGCACAGCUUUCUCCACAGACCAGUUUGUAGUAAAGAAAGGAUACGUUGAUGGGAACUGUGCACUUGUCACAGGUGGAGAGCUCUACUCUGGUCCAUGCAAAGAGUCAAAGCGCUAUAUUUGUGAGCAGCUGGUUCUUUUGCCAAAGCCUGACAUAUCAACAUGA